AUGCGGAAUUUGGGACGCGCCAAGCGGUUGAUCCUCGUCGAGGGCUCGAUGGAUGGGCCGUGUCCUGCAGCAGCAGCAGCAGCAGCAGCAGCAGCAGCAGCAGCAGCAGCAGGACAAGACCCCGGGCGGGGACAGCAAAGUCCAGAAAGCAAACAACGGGCAGCCAGAGCGUCUGGUGGUAGUCUGAUGGCCAUUGGCCGGCUUACCCAGCAGCUAGGCGCAAAAGCAGCAAGGCCCGAGCAAAGGGAGUGUUUCGAGGCCCUGGCGGCACGACAGAGAUCCCUGUUUUCAGCAGCCAUGAACGCAGCCCGAGGGCCUGACGGCGUUCCUGACUCGCCCGCGCCGGCAGCAGCCCCGUCGCCUGGCAUGGAGCUUGCUGGGGCUCUGCAGCGCCUUCGGUACCGUCUGGCGAGCCACCAGCCCCCCGCGCAUGGCUCGCUCGGUAGCGAGAUCCAGGGAGCCAGAGGCGAUUUGCUCAGAGGCUGGUGCGCUGCUGGCGGUGCCUUGGAUUGGCCCGAGGCUGGCCAUGUGGCCGACCCCGACCGACGAUUGACGGCCUUGCAGGACAAAUGGAAUCGAAUGGCGGGCAGACAGCCUGGCAAGAGGCGGCGGUACAACAGCGCGCCUGUGGCUCUGCCUAUUCGGGCAGCCGGCCAGGAUAACUGCUGCACCGGCACUAGCAGCGACAUCAUCUCCAGUCAGUCAGUCUGUCAGCAAAGGCCAAAAAACCGACGAUGGAUUGCCGUCAAAGCUAAGCUGGCCAGUUUCGGGCACAAGAUCAGAAGAUGA